CCGCAAGUUGUGUGGGCUUCAAAGGAACAUUCAGGAAGUUUUGUGCGCAAGACAAAGCCACGGUGAAGAGGUCACCGUCUCUCACAAGCUCCAAUUCCUUCCACCAACUUGUCGAUAACAGAAUCCUUGAGCCGCAUCCGGGACGCAUUCCUACCACCUCAACUCCCAGUCUCUUAGCCCUCUCUCACCAUGGCGGAGUCAAAGAGUGGAAGACCUCGGGUCUACUUUGACAUAACAAUCGGUGGGAGGAAAGAAGGGAGAGUUGUUUUCGAGCUGUACAGCGAUGGUAAACAUGGCUGCUUUCCGAAUUCCUUUCCCUCCAGCUGACCAGCUCGAUAGUCGUACCAAAGACAGCGGAGAACUUCCGUGCACUAUGUACUGGUGAAAAAGGAAUGGGCAAGUCGGGCAAGCCUCUGAGCUACAAAGGGUCGAUCUUUCACCGGGUCAUCAAGUCUUUUAUGAUCCAGGGCGGAGACUUCACAGCGUUCAAUGGUACCGGAGGAGAGUCCAUUUACGGCGAGAAGUUCCCCGACGAGAACUUCGAGUUGAAGCAUGACAAGCCGUUCUUGUUGUCCAUGGCCAACUCAGGACCCGGCACCAACGGCUCUCAAUUCUUCGUUACCACCGUGCCUACUCCCCACCUGGACGGCAAACACGUUGUUUUUGGCGAAGUCAUAAAUGGCAAGAACAUUAUUCGCAAGAUCGAGAAUCUGCCCACACAAUCAGACAAGCCAUCGGGAGGCGAUGUGGUCGUGGCCGACUGCGGUCAGCUUGAAGGUGAUAGCUAUAGCACGGCCACCCAGAAAGCUGCGGACGCCACCGGAGAUCCAUACGAGGACUUCCCAGAUGACCAGGGCGAACUGAAGGGCGAGGAGUACUACAAGAUUGCGCUGGAUCUCAAGGACUAUGGCAAUAAGGCGUUCAAGUCUGGUGAUAUCGAGACCGGUAUCGAAAAGUACCAGAAAGGGUUGAGGUAUUUGAACGAGUAUCCUGCCGUCAACGAAAAUGACCCCAAAGAUCUUCAAAGCAACAUGGACUCGCUCCGGUUCACGCUGCAUAGCAACAGCGCACUUCUAGCCCUCAAAGCCAAGCGAUAUUAUGAAGCACAGAAAUGGGCUGGAUUUGCCAUCGAUGCUACCCCGAAAGAUACAAAAGACACGGACAAGGCCAAAGCAUACUUCCGAAGAGCACAGGCGAGAGUGGCUUUGAAGGAUCCUGAGGAGGCUCUCAAAGACUAUGAGCAAGCCGCGAAGCUGGCACCAGAGGAUGCUGCCAUUAAAAACGAACUGGCCAAGACCAAGAAGAGCUUGCAAGAAAGUAUCAAGAAGGAGAAGGAUGCAUAUAAGAAGUUCUUCAGCUGAGGCUCGCCUUGAUAUCUUCAGCAGCGCAGCCGGCGAGAGUCAUGGCGUUGGAUACAACAAAAGCGUGGGCAUGAACGAAAACAUCAGCGAAUGCGAGAGAUUUUCCCCUGCGCAGAGCGGAAGGGAGUCAAGCAUCUUCAGCAGUUCGACGGAGCGCAAAAGUUGGAUGAUACCCAUGCUGUAUUAACGAAUGCCAUGCCUGAAAAGAAGUAGACAUCCAUACCUUAGGUAGAGAAAAAAGGUUGAUACGGUUGUGCUCGUCCAGUCGGCUGAACGUUAGUAGAAAGGUCGAACGCAUGAAGCACAUUCACGG